UAUUUUGGUGAUAAAAGCAUAAAACUUUGCAUAAUUUUCACUAAACAUGCAACACAUGUUUUCCGAUAUGGAUCUAGUCGUGCUUGGUCUUGAAGUCAAGAUGUAUGCAUGCUCUUAAUUUUUUUAAUAUUGAUGUAUUUAACAUGAUAAUUUAAAAACAAAUUUAUAAUUGCGGCACACUUAAAAACUCUAUAGAGUUCAAGUGUGACGUCACAAAAAGCUAUUUUUAAAAUUUUAGCCACAUAGUAUAAAAGAACACCACAAAUACUUCCAAUUAUGCAAGAUCAGUCAAAUAUGUCUUAAAUAGGUUGAGAUAUGGUAAAGAAAGAUUUGAGUUUGCUAAUAAAUCAUUGUUAUUUUGGCUCUGUUCAGUGCACAUGUGGCCGGUGUAAUAGGGAGUUUACGAUUCACUACGUAGGUCACUACGGCUACUCAAAGAGGUCUGUGCACUUGUUUUGCCUCCCCUUAAGCCUGAUUUACGCGAGACGAAUUUUUUCGUGCGAAGCGAAUUUUUCGCCGCGAAUGCGCGAAAAAUAUGCGCAGAAGUGGAGAUUGGAAAAUUCGCAGCGAAUAAUUCGCUGCGAAAAAGUAGAAACCAUUCCUGCUUUUACGCUGCGAAUUUUUUCGCCUUGUAAAAUAAACCAAUCAGAACAGCAAUUGAAGAUAUCUGACACAAACCCAAAGGAAGGGCUAGGCCGAAUGGUGCUACGCAAUGUAAACAUGUCUAAAUCAAAAGUAUGCAAAACGACAGAAAACUACGCAAUGGUUCAAACAACAACAUGGUUGAAGAAUGAGUAACCUAUGACUAAGCCUAAACAAUGCUGGGAAAAUCCCGCACCUAUAACAUAAACAAUGGAAUGGGACGCUUCUAGCAACAGGCGUCUUUGGUGCAAUAAACGAUAAAAGCUCCUCCCAGACCGAAACCUUGUCGGCAAAUCUUCGAAAAUUGAAGUUUUGUAAACCUCUUGAAAACUGGCAACCAGUAGUUGUGUGGAUGUGUUUCAGUUCACAUUACAAAAUAUUUUUCUGAUGCGGCGCCUUAAGACGUUGCUUCCGUUCAUGAAACUUUGCUUCAGUUCUUGACAUUUUAUUUAGUUAUUUGUUGUCUCCAAAUGUCAUCAUACUCUAUAGUCUAUAGAUACCUAUAGGUAUCAUACUGUGCUAAGUAACGCAAGGUCACUCUCACUACCUUCCUUCUCUCUGUGUGGGCUGCGUGUGAUUAACAAAAUGAGCGAAAAAGUUUCCUCGAACGCGAGAAAAAGAAAAAGAACUAAACUGAAAUGUCUUGUACAUGGCUGUAAUCAUACAUUUGACGAUGAUUAUCGAACAUCUCACAACAUUAAGUAUCAUAAAGACUUGCUGUUAAAAAAGAAAAGCAUUCCAUAUGAAUCUUAUGGAGCGCCAAAGAAUCCAUUUUCGAUGGCUGCUCGAUAUAAGCAAAAUCCAAAUGACACUGCCGAUGCAAGUACAAAUACAAUCAAACACGAUCAGGUAUGGUGAGUUUUGUUUAUUGUACAUGAUAUUUUAAAUUUUAAACCAAUGAAUAAACAAAUGAAUAAACACAGAUGUUUUUACCUUAGCUGGAGGAGGCAAGUCUUUGUUUAUAGAAAAAGGAGGACUAUAGCUUUUUUUAAAAUAAUGGCAAGUUACUUGGGACUGUGGGGGCAAUUGCCCAAUCGCCCCCUCGUUAGUAUGUUAUAAAGGCUCUGUAAUUUUAUUGAGACAAAUAAAAGCAGAAACACUACACAUUAAAGCCAUCUUCGAGUCUAAUUUAGCCAAUCUUUUUAUAAAGUAACUCCACCAGAAGGGCAGAGGCAGAUUGACAACGGCUCAAAUGGUGAUGAUGGUGUCACAAGAACUACAACAGAUGUAGGAAAAAUUAAAGAAAACAACGCGCUGGAGUAUAGUGUUGAUGAGUUUGAAGCAAAAGAGCAAGAUAGGGAUGUUGACAUUGACAGUUCAAAAGAGUUCACGGUCAAUGAAGGACCUCUUAGAAAAUCCAGAAGAGAAAGAGGAUGACACAGAGGAGAGCGAAGUAAACCUAUGGAGUUGUGUUGGAGCACUGGAGUAUCUUGUGAAGCAUUUAGAGAGAGCUUUAUCUUUGCUAAAGGAAACUAAAUCGGCAGAGACAAUUAAAACUAAAGAAUUCCUGAUUAAUACUAUUGAUAUUGCAUUACUUGUCGAAAACAGCUCAACAGUACUGCAUGAAUUAUCAAAAAAGACACUGAAACAUUAUGACGACCAGCUGUUAGUAGAGCAAGAACCGCAAUCACUGAUUGAAAUGCCAAAUUGGGAGCCCGGAUUGCGGCCUCAAUCUCUGAAUGUGAAUCAGAAAAAGUAUUUGUUAGAAAAGGGACCCUGCCAACCAAAGCUUGUAAGAUUUCCGCCAAAUAAUGACAUACAAGCACAUAAACAGAGGCAGUUUAGUUCAAGAUGGUACGAAGAAUAUCCCCACUUGGAAUACAGCAUCACAAAAGAUGCAGCACUCUGCUUCGUAUGUUCUUUGUUUAAACAACCAAAUCGAGAUGCAGCGUGGACAGAAUAUGGUGUUUCAUCUUGGAGUAAAAUGAAAAGUCGCGGAACAGUCAAGAAAGGUAAGCUUUCGGGGCGUUUUAGCUCUGACAGCCACAAAGAGGCCAUACGGUCUUAUGCACGGUUCUGCGACCCAUUGUGCCAUAUUGAAAUCAUACUGGAUAAGUCUGCACGAAAUGCAAAAAUCCAAGAAGAAGCGCACAAGCUAGAGGAUUUAGAAGCAGUCAAGGUUUUAAUGGAUGUAGCUUUCACGAUGGAAGACUUUGGCACGUCAAGAUAUUGCCUUUCGUGGUGAUGGAAAAUUGAAACAGAAUGGAAACUUCAUUCAAAUGACUCAGUUGGUAGCUCGACAUUGUCCUCUGUUAGAUAGCUGGCUGAACAGUCGUUCUUCUAGGGCAUACAAUGUCACAUACAUGGCUCCAGAAUCUCGAAAUGAGAUGAUAACGCUCUUGGCAGAUCAAGUUAGACAAGAAAAUUAUUCUAGAAAUUAAACAGGCUGGUAUGUUUAGUGUUUCUGCAGAUACUACACCAGAUCUAUCAAAAUCUGACCAAAUGACCGUGGUUUGCAGAUUUAUUGGCACAGACGGUACACCAAAGGAACGACUAUUAGCCAUGAAGCACGUGAUGAUACAGCAAAGGACAUCAUUGAUGCAUUAAACAUUCACUCGUUAAAUAUGGACGAGCUGUGCUUUCAAUCCUACGAUUUUGCCGCAUCCAUGUCUGGUAGAUACAACGGUGCUCAACAAAAACUGCAAGAAAGGUUGAACAAGGUUGUCCCGUAUAUUCCAUGUCAAGCACACAGGGGUAACACUGUUCUAGAACAUAGCUGCAACGCCAGUCCCAUUAUCAAGGAUAUGUUUAAUAUGCUAGAAGAACUUUACGUUUUCUUUACAAGCAGUACAAAAAGGUUCGUUUUUUAGUAUGUUAUAAGCUUUCAUGCAUCCAUUUUUAGAUUUAGAUAAUGCCUAGAUACUUUGCCAUCAUAGAUAUUCCAUUUAAAAACUUUACUCUUUUGAUCAGGAAGUAAAUUUUCACCCAUUAAUUAGCAUUUAAUAAUAUUUAAUAAUAUAGAUGUUAUUUACUAAAUAAUCUAAUUAGUAAGGUAACCUUAAAAAGUAGUGGGUCAAUCUGA